UUUGGGCUACCAGAGGCAGAAUUGUGUAUCCUGUGCAUUCCAAGUGUUGCUUGCAUGCCCAUUCUGACUGGGCCACAUUUACAGAUUCAAGAUUCUUGGGGCUUACUGUAUUACUUCAGCAUGAGUUCCUAACAAGGAUACACUCUGUCUUCCAUCUGGCUGCAACACAAUUCCUUCUUCUACCCUAAAAAUACUGAAAAUUCCUGAGCACCCUCUGCCCCUUCUGCCAACAAGCACACCCCUGUCUUCUGCCAGUUCCCCUACCCUGACUGCAGUGGGCUGGGAUGAAUCUGCUCCAUCUAACCCUAGAAGGUUACUGUUCCCUUGGCACUCAUUUAUUGGGAAGCUUGAUGAAGAGGUGCCCCAUUCAUUCCUCAGUUCCCCCUCAUGGCCUUCUUUCCCUUUGGUGUUAUUCCUACAAAACAAAUUUCCUGUUUAAACUCAGCUGCUACCUGCCUACCAGGCAAAGCUGGAGAUCUAGGUAUCCUGAGUUCCUAGAUCCCUGAGCUGUCUCCUGGAUGUGUUCCAUUGGGCCUGGACAGGUGCCUCUGGCAAUACUGGAGCCUGAAAAUGAGAACUACAACCUGUGUGCCAUCUGACACAGCUCAAAGCAUAUCCAUGUUUCUUUUCUCAGUUGGUUCUUUGCAUUUGUGCUCAGCAUGAGGGGUCAACCUUGGUAGGUAGGUGGGAUCCAAGUGAGUCACUGGUGCCUUUUAAGAGGCUAAGGUACUUCAUCAACCUGGGCCAACUGUUGAAUGAUGCAGGCACUUCUUCCUUCAUGUGAGAAAGUCUUGAUUACUUCCAGUUCUUCCUAGCUUUGCCCCUGGGGGAGUAUUAUGAAGGCAUAUUGCAGGUUGUCUCAGACAUGGCAAACUGGACGUAUGCGGCAUAAUAGUUUUCUGGGGGAAGUUUAGUCGAGUCACCAUUUGGUUCCCACCCUCUGUUCUCACCCAUCAGCCUUCUUGCAGGUGGUGUCUAUCUUCAGGGUCAUUUACUUAGCCCACUCAACUUUUUCUGAAAGGAUGAUGACCAUAGUCCUGUGUUCAGGAAACAAUACCCCUCAGUGUGUGUAUAUGUGAGUAAAGAGGACCCUGGGGUUGCAGGGAUCAUAUGAUAUUCCCAGCUAUGUUCCCAGUACCCAGCACAGGACAAGAUCAAUAAAUACUUGUGGAAUGCAUGAUUGUGCUGGCUGCCUGUGUGUUCCUGUGCAAUAGUUGGAGAACCCUACACGAGGACAGGCUGCAGUGGUGCUCUGCCUGCCAGAUUGACUCCACCUUCUUGUGACCUCUCCAUUCCUCCAUUUGACCUUACACUCCUGAGACCUGUUCGGGUAGGGGCUUGGACUACAUCUCCCGGCGUGCCUGGCAGAGUGGUGGCCUCUCUACGCCAUCUGCACUAGUUGCCAGCGACGAUGCAGCGGGCUAUGAGCAUGGUGGCCCCUUUGGGCUUUCGCCUGCAGGCGCUUCCCUCGGCCCCAGGUCGCCCUCUCAGUUGCUCGCAGGAUGUGCUCCGCAGAACUCCGCUCCAUGACUUCCACCUGGCCCAUGGCGGGAAAAUGGUGGCAUUUGCGGGUUGGAGUCUGCCCAUACAGUACCAGGAAAGUCACAUUGAAUCGCACCUUCAUACACGGCGACAUUGCUCGCUCUUUGAUGUCUCUCACAUGCUGCAGACCGAGAUAUUUGGUUGUGACCGGGUGAAGCUGAUGGAGAGUUUAGUGGUUGGAGACAUUGCAGAGCUAAGGCCAAAUCAGGGGACACUGUCGCUGUUUACCAACGAGGCUGGAGGCAUCUUAGAUGACUUGAUUGUGACCAAUACUUCUGAAGGACACCUGUAUGUGGUGUCCAAUGCUGGCUGCUGGGACAAGGACUUGGCCCUCAUGCAGGACAAGGUCAGGGAACUUAAGAACAGGGGCAGUGAUGUGGGCCUGGAGAUUGUGGAUAAUGCUCUGCUAGCCCUGCAAGGCCCUACUGCAGCCCAAGUUCUUCAGGCUGGUGUGGCAGAUGACCUGAGGAAAUUACCCUUCAUGACCAGUGCUGUGAUGAAGGUGUUUGGUGUGUCUGGCUGUCGAGUGACCCGUUGUGGCUACACAGGAGAAGAUGGUGUAGAGAUCUCAGUGCCAGCCUCUGGGGCAGUCCACCUGGCAACGGCUCUGCUGGAAAACCCAGAGGUGAAGCUGGCAGGGCUGGCUGCCAGGGACAGCCUGCGCCUGGAAGCAGGCCUCUGCCUGUAUGGGAAUGAUAUUGAUGAACAUACCACACCUGUUGAGGGCAGCCUUGGUUGGACAUUGGGGAAGCGUCGCCGAGCUGCUAUGGAUUUCCCAGGAGCUAAGGUUAUUAUUCCCCAGCUGAAAGGUGAGGUGCAGCGGAAGCGUGUGGGGUUGAUGUGUGAGGGGGCUCCAAUGCGGGCACACAACCCCAUCCUGAGCACAGAAGGCAUCAUGAUUGGUACUGUGACCAGUGGCUGCCCCUCACCCUGCCUGAAGAAGAAUGUGGCAAUGGGUUAUGUGCCCUUCAAGUACAGUCAGCCAGGAACACAGCUGCUUGUAGAGGUGCGGCGGAAGCAGCAGAUGGCUGUGGUCAGCAAAAUGCCCUUUGUACCCACGAACUACUACACUCUGAAUUGAAAAAGGCCCAGGGAAGGGCGCUCCUCUCUGGAAGUCUACCUCUAGGGGGCAUUCAUUAGGGCUCAGUCAGGAUAAUGAGGAAGAAUUCACCAGGAGUGGGCAGCUAAUUAGAAUUUGGCUCUAGUCUAUUUGAGGAGGCCACUGAGACUACCCCUAAACCCCAAUACAUGCCACUGAUUUCAGCUCACCCUAUGUCCUAUUUCAGUUCAUAACCCCAGUAACUCUACUCUGCCAUAAGUGCUGGCUAUAAAGCAAAAGUUCAACUUUGUAGGGAGAAUACCUGCCCAAUCUACCUCACCAGUUUCUCACAUUUCAGAGGGCUAUUACUGUGGACAGUGUGAGCUUAGCAAACCUCCUUCACUUUGCUUUCCAUGAAUGCAAACUGCUUCCUCUCCCUGUACAGGAAUGAUUCUUGAGUCAUGGAACAUUGGCUUAGUUAUUCCUAUGUGUAAACCUGGGGGUGGGUGAGCAGACAUGGACUCACUCUUCCACAUUCCCUAUUUGGCUUGGCCCACUGCCCAGUAGCAAACCAUGGCAAAUUUACCACCUGAGGUGACCUUCACCCCUGGGACCCAUAACUAGACUUUACUGAUUCCUGAAAAAAAUUAAAUGAGCUUAUUCCUUCCAA